AUGGGGUUAGCUGUGCUUUACGUGUGCGGAGCCCUGCUGGCCAUCUCCAUGACCCCUGGGAACUAUGCAAACCCCAGCGAGGGAAACUUCCAGUGGGGUACAGAAUCUGGGAGCUGCCUAGUAACUCUAAAGCCUGCAGGGAAGUGUGGGGGGGAGGGGAUAGAAGAGGAAGCAUGCCCCUACCGAUUUAUCUUGCCACCGCUGGACAUCAUGCUGCCCUGGCAGCUCAGGGAGUUGGAGAGGACGGUGAAGGAGGUGCAAAGGCUAAAGGAGACUGUGGAGCAGCUGAAGAGAGCCUGCAUGGAGUGCAAGAUGAGCCAGAGGGAGAGAGAGAGAGAGAGGCUGGGGGACAGAAAGAGGGAGAAGGAGAAAGAAGAGAAGGAGAAGGUGAGAUUGGGAGACAGAGAGAGGGAGAAGGAGAAAGAGGGGGAGAAGAAGUCAGAGAGACAAGGGGGCAGAGAAAGGAAGAUGGAGAUGGAGAAGGACGGAGUGGAAGAAAGGGCCAUGGAGAAUGAGAUAAAUAUUGUAGAGGAGAGAAAGAGAGAACGGGAGAAAGGGUGUGAGAACGAAUGGGAAAGGGAAAAGGAGAGCGAUAGGGAGGAAAACAUGGAAUGGGAGAUAGAGAGGGAGAGAAAAAUAGAGGAUGAGACUAAGAGAGAGGAAGAGGAGGACAGGGAGACAGAGAUUGAGAAA